CGUUUAUUGUGCCAGAAUCACACAUUUCCAACCUACCUGAUCUAUGAUUUCUGUUGUACAUGUAUUAGAUUCCAGUUGUUUUUAAAGUCUUUUUUCUGUUUUAUAAAAAUUAAGAUGCUGAUAGGUCUUUGUGGAGGGAUCUGCGCCGGCAAGAGUUCUGUGGCCGAGUAUCUCGUAGAAGAGUACGGGUUCCGGAGGCUGCGCCUCAGAAAUGCUGAGAGCUUGGCUUUCAAUGAAGAAAAACUUGAAGCGAGACAACCCCUUCAUGCCACUAAUGGCUCAACUGGUCAAGAAUAUGCAUUCAGCGACAUUGACAGCCUGAUCAAUUUUGUCACAAAGCGAUGGCGAGAACGAUGGCUUAUCACAGAUAUCUGGAAUGAAGCUGUGCUAGACUCGCUCCUCAGACGACCUUUUUUCUUCCUGCUCAGCGUUGAUGCUCCAGUAAGUGUAAGAUGGAAGAGAUACAAGGAGAGGUGUCUUCAGCGCUCAGAAAUCCCUCCAACUCUGGAAGAUUUCGUGAUUCGCAGUGAUGCACAUCUUUUUGAUCCUGUGUUGGGACUAGCAAAGUUGAUUGAUCGCGCGCAAGUGCGUCUAAUAAACCCGACAUCUUCACCGAGUGAUCUACAUCUUGCCCUUCAAAAUCUAGACUUGACAAACGAGGAACGACUGAGACCAAGCUGGGAUCAGUAUUUCAUGGAACUAGCAUCCCUGGCUUCUCAGCGCAGUAAUUGUAUGAAGAGGAGAGUUGGGAGCGUCCUCGUAAGGGAACGGAGGGUGAUCAGCACGGGUUACAACGGCACGCCUAGGCAUUUGAAGAAUUGCAAUCAAGGGGGAUGUCCUAGGUGCAACGACGGCAACAAUGCCGGCAUGGGGCUUGCCACCUGUUUGUGUAUACACGCCGAAGAGAACGCGCUUCUUGAAGCGGGAAGAGAGCGAAUUCGGGAAGGAUCCGUCUUGUACUGUGACACAUGCCCAUGUUUGACUUGCAGCAUUAAGAUCGUACAAGUCGGAAUUUCCGAGGUAGUGUAUAGUCAGAGUUACAGUAUGGAUGCCGAGGCAGCUACCAUCUUUCGAGAGGCAGGGGUCCACCUGAGGCAGUAUUCACCUCCUCGAAAAGGUCUUGUUUUCCUUGCGGGCGCCUCCCAUUAAAUUUGAAGUACUGGUUGCGGAUUAUCUUCGGGCAUAUUACAGAGCACUGGCAGUAUAAUCAAGAUCCCUGGAAUUGCAUUGAUUUGGGACUUGCAAAUUUCUUCCGGAUUCCAGGAAGCAUUCUUUGGAAUAUCAGUUGCUUCAAGGUUCUGUCGUAGUGGUGCUGGGCCAGUUUCGAAAACCUUUUCUCCCAUUCUUUUCU